GAUGGCGGAGAUGGGAGACGGUGUUUUGGAACCAGCGGCAGCUUCCACUGCUCCAGUUUCAUUCGGCUUCCUGCGUACGUCUGCCCGGAGGCGGCUGGCGGACCAGGGAGACGUCGCGGAGCCGGCUUCGGAGGAGAAGGAUUUCUUGAAGACCGUGGAAAGGAGGGAGCUGCAGAGUGUGAAGCCUUCAGAAGCCCCCAAGGAACUUGUCAUCCCUUUGAUCAAGAAUGGUCAUCACAGGCAGCCACAGGCCGAGCCCCCUGGGCCAUCCAUGGAUACUGAGGCCUUGGUAGAUGGGGUGCUGUCCCAGGCUGUGAAGGAGCUCCUUGAGGAAUCCAAGAAGUCUCAGGAGGAGAGAGAGAAUGCAGGUGUCGACCCCACGCUUGCUAUCCCCAUGAUCCAGAAAGGAUGCAUCCCCAACACGGAAGGGGCAGACAGCGAACCCCAGGCUGAGACAGUACCGGAGGAGGCUGAUUAUGACGCAGUCCCCGUGGAAGCCUAUGGGCUGGCCAUGCUGCGGGGCAUGGGCUGGAAACCUGGCAAGGGCAUCGGCCACACCUUCAAUCAAGUAGUGAAGCCCUGCAUCAACUCACUGAGGCCCAAGGGGUUAGGGCUGGGCGCCAACCUGACCGAGGCCCAGAACUUGGCCCCCACCGGCCCCCACCGCCUGCCAAGUCCAGGUGAAGAGCAAGAGAAGGAUAAGGAAGACCAGCCUCAAGGGCUAGUGCCUGGACGAGCUGUGGUGGUCCUUUCUGGCCCUCAUCGAGGCCUCUAUGGGAAAGUUGAAGGCCUGGAUCCUGACAAUGUUCGGGUCAUGGUUCGUCUGGCAGUGGGGGGCCGUAUGGUGACUGUCAGUGAGUACUGCCUGCGGCCUGUUACUCAGAAGGAGUUUGACAAGAACUCUUUGGAUCUCAGCCAGGUGAGCAAAAGUUCCCCAGGGCAACAGAAUGGAACAGCCUCCUCGUCUUGGAAGGCCCUCCAGAAUCAGGACCUCCAUGUCCAGUGGGAGGACUCAGAGAGGAAGCGGAAACACCUUCCAGACAGACAGUAUGGGCCUCCAGCAAAGAGUGAAAAAGCAGCCUCCAAGAGUCAGCACUGGUUGCACAGGGACCUGCGUGUGCGGUUUGUGGACAAGCUGUACAAAGGCGGCCAGUAUUACAAUACCAAGAUGACAAUUGAGGAUGUCCUGAGCCCAGAUACCUGUGUGUGUCGAACAGAUGAAGGCCGAGUCCUGGAAGGCCUGAGGGAAGACAUGCUGGAGACCCUGGUUCCCAAGGUGGAAGGCAACCGUGUGAUGGUGGUGCUAGGGCCACAGGCUGGAAGGAUGGGACACCUGCUGGGCCGGGACAGAGCACGGAGCCGGGCUUUGGUGCAACUGCAGAGAGAGAACCAGCUGGUGGAGCUUCACUAUGAUGCUGUCUGCCAGUACAUGGGCCCCAGUGACACAGACGAAGACUGACCCAUGGGACCACUCCCACCCCCAGGCUGUUACCAGUUCUGUACUGUAUGAAAAAGUUGCCUUCAAGAAAUGGGAAGAUAAUUACUCCAUCCUCUGCUUGCAGCAUAGUCCCGGGACAGGAACAGAGAAAUGGAUGGACGGACCAGAAGGGAGGCUAAAAACAAACCCAAUAUUUAUCAGGAUUUAGUGUAUAAUAAAAACUACUUCAAAUACUUAGUAGAAGGGCCAGCCCGUGGCUCACUCGGGAGAGCAUGGUGCUGACAACACCAAGUCGAGGGUUAAGAUCCCCUUACCGGUCAUCUUUAAAAAAAAAAAAAAACUUAGUAGCAGGAUGACAUCAUAAGUGGGGUCCUGAACUGACUGAGGUGGGAACCAUUUUAUUUUCAGCCUCACCUCCCUGUUGUGUUCAGGUGCGGGACAAGUUAAAAGACUUACUAGAUAGAUCACGAGCUAACUCUUGGAAUAUAGAAACUAUGAAAUCUGACUCCUGCACUGAUGCUGUGGAAUCUGGAAUGCCGCCACAUCUCUGAACAACUUCCUGAGUGAGAACUCUAGCAUCGGGACCUGCUUUCACUCUUGGUCCAGAGCAGACCCCCAGAGAAUAUCUUGAGCCGAUCUGGGAGUUGAGAGGAAUGGAGGCUUCUUCCCACAAGUGGGAUGCAUUAGCUCUAAUUUUCAAAGAAGCCAGUUCAUUUCUGGGCCCCAUUUUAGUCCCACAACUUUGGCUUAGAGAUAAAAAGUUUUGUCUGUCUCUGAUAGAAUUUCUCUGGUUGCGCCAGGUAACUAUAUUCUUAAAAAGGUUGUUGUGAGAGAAUCCUCAAACGUUUUCCUGUUUAAUGACCUGAGAUAUAAAAUCAAUGAGGAAAGUCAGAGCUUUAGACACAUUUUUUUCUAAAUAAUCCCUACUAUGGUUUGAAUGUGUCCCCCUAAAGUUUGUGUUGGAAACUUGGUCCCCAGUGCAGCAGUGUUGAGAGGUGGGACCUUUGGGGGGUGAUUGGGUCAUGAAGGCUCUGUCCUCAUGAAUGGAUUAAUGGGUUAUCAAGGGAGGGGGUUAGUUAUCAUGAGAGUGGGUCUAAGAGGCAGUUUGGCCAUCUCUCAUGAGCCCCCUCACCGUGUGGUGCCCUGUACUACCUUGGGAUUCUGCAGAGUCCCCACCAGCAAGAAGGCCCUCACCAGAUGCACCCCCUUGACUAUGGACUUCCUAGCUUCCAGAACUGUAAGAAAUAAAUUUAUUUUCUUUAUAAAUUA